UUGAGGGCACGGCCGGGCUAUUUCAGGGGUCUGACACUUCAAGGGCAAGGCAGGUGGGCAGAGAGCCAGGGCGUAAGCCGUACCUUAAUAAGGCUAAUGGAACUUUUCUAGCAUUAUCCGUCUUUGUUGUGCUCGGAGGCAGGUGGUGGGCAGCUUGGGGUGGCAGCUGCAGCUGGUGGCCAGCCCCCAGCUUGCUAGGAUGCUUGGCUCUCUCACAAGCAAGGACGUCAUCAUUGCAGAGCUCCCCAAGGCUCGGCCAGUGUGGGAAGAGGAUGGGCUCCCCUGAGGACCCCGCCUGGAGCCUCCUGAAUGACUAUUGCCACGGCUUUAUGGUGUCCCAGGUUCUCUUUGCUGCCUGUGAGCUAGGCAUGUUCGACCUCCUCACUGAGGCCCGGGAGCCCCUGGAUUUGUCCACGGUGGCUGCACGCCUGGGCACCAGCUCUCACGGCACGGAGCUUUUGCUGGACACGUGUGCAUCCCUGAAGCUGCUUAAGGUAGAAACAAGAGGAGGAAGAGCUUUGUAUCAAAACACGGAGCUCUCCAGCACCUACCUGGCCAGGGUCAGCCCCACAUCUCAGUGCAACAUGCUGCGGUACAUGGCUGGGACAACCUACCGGUGCUGGAGCCACCUGGCUGAGGCUGUGAGAGAAGGGAAGAAUCAGUAUCUGCAGGUGUUUGGGGUUCCCUCCGAAGAGCUCUUUAGCGCCAUCUACAGGUCAGAAGAGGAGCAGUUGCAGUUCAUGCGAGGUCUGCAGGAGGUCUGGAGCAUCGCUGGGCGGCGUGUGCUGACUGCCUUUGACCUGUCACAGUUCCCUGCCAUCUGUGACCUUGGCGGUGGUUCUGGGGCUCUUGCCAAAGAGUGCCUUGCUCUGUACCCUGAGUGUAAGGUCACCAUCUUCGACAUCCCAGAAGUGGUACAGAUGGUAAAGAAGCACUUCCCAUCCUUGGAGGAUGAACGGAUUGGCUUCCACCAAGGAGAUUUCUUUACAGACUCUCUCCCGGAGGCAGAUCUGUACAUCCUGGCCAGGGUUCUGCACGACUGGACGGAUGAAAAGUGCUCAAACCUGCUGCAGAAACUCCAGCGUACCUGCAAGCCAGGUGGUGGCAUCUUGGUGGUUGAAAGCCUUCUGGAUGAAGACCGACGAGGUCCUCUGACCACGCAGCUCUACUCCCUGAACAUGCUCGUGCAGACGGAAGGCCAGGAGAGGACCCCUACCCAGUACUGCACACUCAUCUCCUCUGCUGGCUUUCGAAGCUUCCAGUUUAAGAAAACUGGGGCCAUUUAUGAUGCCAUUUUUGCCAGGAAUUAACUUCCCUUAUGGAUUGUGGGUGUGGAACUACAAUCAAAAUGUAAAAAUAAUAAUUAUGAAAACACGGGUCUUGAUUACAUUUGUCGUUGUUGGUGCUCACACAAAAAAUGAUAAGAAGUUUCUCUCCUUCACUUUGUGGACUU